AUGCCCCCUGCGCCUGUAUACCAUGGGCCGCCCCUCGUCUAUCUUCAGGAUGCCUGCAGAAUGCACAAGGCUCCGCGUAGCAAAUUUUACACACACUGCGAACGGCCAGAGAGGCUUCGUUCUGUGCGUGUAGGGCUGGCGGCCUUGUACGCACUCAUGGAGGCGAAGCUUGCUGUCGUCGGAGCUAGAGACAUUUUUCCUUUCCUCAUCGUUCAUAGUGCUGCCUCGGUCAACGUCUUGGAUUCGGAACUCGUUCGCUCCGUACACAAGCUUGGACACGGGAACGAUGGCGGAGAGAAGUCCCUUGUCGACGAGAUCGCCAGUUGGUGCGGGCGAGGUCUUAAAGUACAUGACUGGGCGCAGCGAAAUGAGCUGAUUACUAGGCGUGAAGUUCCCGACUUGUACCUUUGCACUGAUAGCAUGCAUGCGCUAAAUGGCAGUGUAGGAACACUGUUGGAAGCCGUCGUAGAUGUCUGUGGUGCUUCAAAUGGAAAGGAAACGAAGUCAAGACAUGUCCUGAAUAUCGCACCACGAGCAUUCGUGGUAGUGCGUCCUCCUGGUCAUCAUUGUGAUAGAGAGACGCCUGCAGGAUUUUGCUUCAUUAAUAACGUCGUCAUUGCUGCCAAUCACGCAUACCAGCAGUUUCAAAUGCGUCGGAUCGUGAUAUUCGAUAUUGAUCUCCACCAUGGCGAUGGAACUCAAAGAUUGAUACUCGAAAGCGAUCAGGAUCCCUUGUUCUUUUACGGCGGGAUACAUGAUCCUACCAGCUACCCUUGCGACUCUGAAAAAGGGUCCUUGGAGGCAACGCUACAAGUCCACCCUGCUACGAGGCCGAACUGCCUGGGGGUUUGCAACAUCCCUUUGCAGGACUACCAGGAAGAGGAGGAAUUUUGGGCGCAAUACGCAGAGACCUAUGCUGGUGUCUUUACCGAGGCCGCGGCGGCCAUCAAGAGCAGCGGCAAAGCUGACGACGUUUUCGUCAUCAUCAGCUGUGGCUUUGAUGCCUCAGAAUUUGAGAACGCAAGUAUAUCGAACGGAGGAAAACGCGUCCCCACCCCAUUCUACCACCGUUUCACUCGCGACGCCUGCGCAUUCGCUGAUAAAUACGCCUCUGGACGUAUACUCAGCGUUCUUGAAGGUGGGAACUGUCCAAGGCAAGACAUCCGCCGUUUUCUAAACAUGCCACUAAGGUUUUCUGAUGGACGCAUUCUAAAGAUCGAACAAUAUGCUUCUCAGCGGCGCCAAAGUGAGUGGCCAGCCGGCCAGGAAUGGUUAGGAUCGAUGCAGAAGCAUGUCUGGAAUCUCGGACAUGCUCCGUCGCCGAAGAUUUCUUAUACGCCAGAAGAAUCUCAAAUAUACGCUCCGCCUUCCUUUCCCCGGUCAAAAACAGCAGCGCUUGCCCGAAGCGUAAAACAGACUCCAGUAUUAGAGGCGCCGACGUUAACGCAGUAUACCGGAAGCUCUGCGAGUGCAAUAGCCAGCGACGCGGAUAGACAGACAGACUGGAACAAGCAGGCCAGUACAGAUAUUGCCAGUAGAGGUCAAUCGCCAGGAAAUCGCGCAGAUAUGGACGACCAGUGGUCUCAACGUUCGUCUUGCGCCACGGGUGUAGAUCACGAGAAGACCUAUUCCGGUGCCCCGUUUGUCUUCCUACAAGACGCGUGUCUUCGGCACAAGCACACGAGCAAUGGGAACAUUUCAGAGCAUAUCGAGCGUCCAGAGCGGCUUCACGCCGUUAACGUGGGACUGGCGAGCUUGUAUUCUUGCCUGGAAGCGUCCGCUACCGGCUCAGAAACUGCGCUGUCUAUCCGAGUAGGUAGGGCUCCUCUCACCAUCGUAUGUAGCGCCGCUUCAGUGGACAUUCGGAAAGAUGUACACGUGCGGGAAGCGUGUUACUAUGGUAUCACAGAAUCAGCGGACGACGGACAGCCAUCGCCACUCAUAGAGGCGAUAUCCUCUCGAUGUGCACAAGGUCUGUCGGUGAGCAAGUGGGACUCCCCAGAGCUGUUCCUCGUCCCUGAUAGCAUACAUGCCCUCAACGGCGCAGUGAGCACUCUUUAUCAGGCUGUGGAAGCUGUGUACAAGGCGUCUGCUAGUAACUCGGAAGAGGGAGAGUUAUCCGACACUACAGCAAGUACGCCGCGAGCAUUCGUCGCAGUUCGUCCUCCAGGGCAUCACAGUGACAAUUUCGAACCAGCGCAUUUUUCUUUCGUUAACAACGUCAUGAUGGCCGCACGCUAUGGUAAGCCUCUAUUAUCUUCCUGGAAAGUGAAAGAGGCUCUCACGUUGGUCAAAGCUUGGGGGAAGUUUGGUCUGCGACGGCAUCACGGUUCUGGAACGCAAGGAAUUGUUGCAAAAGAUGACGAGGGGCCUGUCCUCUGUUAUCUUGGUCUUUAUGACCCUACGGCCUAUCCCUGUAACACACCGCAGGGUCUACUCAAUGCAUCACAAAGGAUCUUUAGCCCCGUCUCACCCUAUAAAUGCAUUUUGAACGUCCCCCUCGAAGGAUAUCGAGAAACGGAAGAAUUCUGGGCCAGAUAUUCGAGCAAUUACAGCGAGCUCUUUGUCGAGGCCGCCAAGUUUAUUGAAGUCACAGAUCGCUCCUUCGAUAAUAACAAUGACGUCGUGGUUUUCAUAAGGUCAGGCGCAAGAGAACAUUUGCAUUCAGCUAGCUCUCAACAGGAAAUUUGCAGCUGUGGCUUUAAUGCUUCGGAAUACGAGACGGAGGGCAUCUCAUCAGACAGUACCAUACGAGUCCCGACGUCGUUCUACCACCGUUUUACGCUCGACGCCUGUGCCUUCGCAAAUAAGUAUGCGUCAGGGCGCAUAAUUAGCGUCCUGGAGGGCGGAUACUCUUACCGUGCUCUGAUAAGUGGCACGAUGGCGCACGUCGCCGCACUUGCCGAGGCCGGAGGGGCAAAUGUCGACGAGAGGUGGUGGAGCGCGCAACAGUUAAACGAGAUCCAGAAGCAUGCAGCUCAGGUGUCUCCAGGGCGAGUACCGAGCGGGACUGACUGGCUGUCGCGUAUGCAACGGAUCGUCUACGAUCUGAAUGUCAUGCCAGGGCAUACAAAAAGGAACUAUACUACAAUCUAUACCCCACCACUGCUUCCGCAGAUACCUACUACCUGUGCAGUAUCUCUGAACAGCGAUCGGAGCCGAACGGGACAGGUCGUUUUCCUCUCCGGUGAAUCGAAGCGUGUGCGUGCUGAGGACCCGGAACACGCAGAAGAGCCGGCAGCCAAGACGAGACGUAUCGACUCGGUACCUGAAGCCGCGGCACAGACCAAUGCGGAUAUUAACGCUUUCGAUGCUGAGCAUGAUCCAAGAAACAUGGCGGACCAGCAAUUUAAUAUGUGGAUUCGCGAAGAGUGUCGCAAAAUGGCGUAUACGUUGGCACGGAUCGCAGGGCUUGUUGAAAUAAGACUACGAGGGGGUGCUACUGUGGAGCAAGAUGCUGAUGAUCUAUGA